CCUCCCGGUGGAAUUUGCCUGACCCAGGCGUCCAAGCCGGCCGCAGACUUCCCCAGGAAGGCAGUGGGGAGCAGGCACUUCAAGACAGCCUUCUCCCCAGGAAGCUAUGGCUCGGCAGCACAGCAUCCCACACGCCUACCCCACGAGUGCAGAAUAUGAGUUUGCCAACCCCAGCAAGAUUUACGACCAGAAUUUUGGGGAAGGCAUUUCCCCCGGCGAUAUUCUGGCUCCAACCUUGUAUCACGGUUACUAUAUCAGGCCUCGGAUUAACAAACAGUUGGAACGAGGGAUUUCAGAGGUCACCCUCAACGAACACAAAUUCCAAGUGUUCCUUGAUGUCUGCCAUUUCACCCCCGACGAAAUCGCUGUCCGCACCGUGGACAACCUCCUGGAGGUGACAGCACAGCAUCCUCAGAAGGUCGACCGGCAUGGAUUCAUCUCCCGUGAAUUCACCCGGACAUACGUCCUCCCCUUGGAUGUCGAUCCCUUGCUGGUCAAAGCCACUGUGACCCACGAUGGCAUCCUGAGCGUUGAAGUCCAGCGAACAGGGAAGGAAGUGAAGGCCAAAGUCAACGAGGUGACAGUAACGCACCAAGGAAAGGAGGACAUUCAGGGGGAAGGAGGACGUUCAGGGGAGACACUGGAUCCCUAAAACAUCCUUCCAGUACGGCCCAGUUCAGGCCAGAUUGAGUAGGUGAGUCUGGAAGUGGUCUUUCAGGACCACCAAAGGCCAGCCUAGUUAGUCUCAUUGGCCUUAUCUUCUCUGCCCCAAACAUGCAGUGCUUUUAUUCCAAGAAGCCUUCUCCCACAGGACGCUCAGAGCUACAGCUUAUUGGAAUGCCAAGGACGAUCUUUUCAGAUUUCUCCUAACCUUCUUUCAUCCAAAUAUAAUUCCCAGGAUUACGAUGGAAGACAGUAAAGGCUAUUGCACCAGUCUGAAGCCUGAGAUAUGGAUAGCCCCCUCCCCCCCCUUUUUUUUUCAUUUUAAACGGGUGCUGUAACUCCUACCACUUUUCAGCCAGCGUGGUAUGCUGACGGGCGUUGUGGUCCAACCCACUGGGAAGACCCAAAGGUCCAGGAAGGCGGCACUCAAAAUAUUGCCGGCCUUGGACAGUGACAAAUGGUCAAGCCCUUUCUCCGCUGGAGAGUUAGCUGCCCUUUUGAGCUGGGCUUCGUUUGACGACCCAUCAUAAUCCCUACGAUUUUCAAAGCAAUCAACCAUUGUCAUUUUGGAGUACUGUAACUCUAUUUACGGCCCUUUCUUUUGUUCUUGACUGCUUUUACUCAUCUGGUG